GCGCCCGCUAAUCAUCCAAUCGCCUUCUCCGCACCCUGGUGGCGUGGCUUCCGGGCCGCUGAAGGUCCCAGCACCACCGGCUUCUUCCCCAGUUCCAGUGUCGUUCUCCUGCAUCCGACCUGUCCCAUUCUUCAGGCGCCUCUUCCCCACCUAGCCUCCGCCACAAACCCUCAGGUCAAGGCCACCGGCGGUCCCCGGAAGAGAGCCGAUUUAGUUGAUUUCGCGGUAUGUGGUUGA